AUGCCGCGGCGUAGCACAAAGGGUCCCUUAGAUGUAGACACACCAACCAUACCGACCUUCCAACCACCAACACCAGCACUACAAACCGCAUUACCGCCCUCGCCAGCACCCACAUCCAUGCCCGUUCGCACAGCAUCGCCUGCCUCAUCUCUCCUCUCUCCCGUCCAACAAAACCCCGCAUCAGUUCGAACACGGUCUAAGAGUCCAGCAUCUCGAACCAUGCAACUAGACCUCACACCCCUCCUUCGUCCUUCUCUGUAUGCGCCAGUACCGACAACCCACAUCGCCUCUCCCUUUCUCGACUCCUCAAAUCAACCACCUCCAGACACAGAUCUACAAACCUUGCUUUCCAAUCGAAGAUUCAUCCACGCCGCAGACAAAGCCACCGAUAUCCUGACUUCCGGCUCUAUUUCCCCGUCCUCUACAAAUCAAAUCCUCGAUCUGCUAUAUACGCGGUUCUCCUGUUUGGUUCUGUGCAACCAAACCUCCCUAGCUGCCAAAGAAACAAAACCCCUUUCUGAUCUAUUGGCAAGAGAAAGUAGUACUUACACACGUCCUUAUCGCGAAAUCUUUCUUUCGCAAGUACCUUGGAAUUUAAGGCUAUUACUUCUCAAACUUUCAGUCAUGGGGACUGCAGAUGCAAAUAGAAGAGCUAUUAUGGGGUUAUACGCUUUGAGUUCUGAAUGCAGGACUUUGGCUCAAAAAGCAAGAGUUGAGAAAGAUGAGACGGCGUUUAAGAUGUGGAAACAUAGAUUGGCGGAUCUGGGAUUGAGGGUUGCUGGGGAACUUGUCGAGAUGGGGGAGUUGGAGACCGCAAGAAGGCAUUUGAAGACUUUGUCUUCUGCUGACGACACUGACGAAAACGACAAAAUGUGUAUGAGGAAAACACUUCUCCUACUCAAGAUUGGCGAUACGCAAGCAGCAGAAGCUUGCUUAAGUGCUUCCUCAACAGCAUCCUCCUCACCGACCCUGCAGCGCCAAAUCCUUCAAACCCUGAUCCAAAUCUCCUCCUCCGACUAUUCCUCCGCCCUCUCCUCUUUACAAUCCCUCGCCGAAUCCCACCCCUCAAACCCACUGGUCAAACACAACCUCGCCAUCGCAAACCUCUACACCAAUAACGUCGUUUCAGCAUCGGAAAUUUUAGAGGCGUUGUUGACAGAAGACGAGGUCUUGUUCCCAACGUUGCUAUUCAAUCUUUCUACGGUCUAUGAAUUGAGGACUGAGAGGGCGAGAGAGAGAAAGUUGGAAUUGGUUGAUAAAGUGGUGGAGGUGGGUGGCAGUGGGAACGGGACGCAGAGUGGUGGGUUUGAAAGGGGAUUGGGGGAGUUUAAAUUGGCUUGA